GGUUCCCUGUCACUCGUUUGCUUCUCGCUCACGUAGCAAUGCUAACGGAGCCUUUCAUACUAAAGUAACGGCUGGUUAACAAACGUCGGGAGUACUAGAGGAAAUAGCGCCGAUCUGCAGACAUAAUGGCGCUGCUGACGCCAUUGCUGGCCUUCCUCUACCACCUGCCGCAGGUGUACAAGUGGCUGCUGAAGCCCUACUAUGUAGCCUCCUUCUUCAUGGCUGUAGCCUUCGUGGCUGUGCGGAAGACCCCCGGAGUCUGCGACCACCUGGAGACGCAGCGAGAGGACGGGAACUCCUGCGACUUCGACUGGAGGGAGGUGGAGAUCCUCAUGUUCCUCAGUGCCAUCGUCAUGAUGAAGAACAGACGAGCCAUCACGGUGGAGCAGCACGUCGGGAACAUCAUCCUGUUCAGUAAAGUGGCCAACGUCAUCCUGUUCUUCCGGCUGGACGUCCGUCUGGGUCUCCUCUACCUGACGCUCUGCAUCGUCUUUCUGAUGACCUGUAAGCCCCCCCUCUACAUGGGACCGGAGUACAUCAAAUACUUCAGCGACAAAACCAUCGAUGACGAGCUGAACAGGGACGGACGUGUGACGUGGAUCGUGGAAUUCUUCGCCAACUGGUCUCCGGAGUGCCAGUCCUUCGCCUCAGUUUACGCCGACCUCUCGCUCAAGUACAACUGCGCCGGCCUCAAGUUUGGAAAAGUGGACAUCGGACGCUACGGAGAAGUUUCCAAGAAGUACAGGGUGUCGGCGUCGCCGCUGUCCAAGCAGCUGCCGUCCUUGGUGCUGUUCCAGGGUGGAAAGGAGCUGAUGCGGCGCCCCCAGGUGGACAAGAAGGGCCGAGCGGUGUCCUGGAGCUUCACUGAGGAGAACAUCAUCCGGGAGUUCAACCUGAACGAGCUCUACCAGAAAUCCAAGAAGCUCAGCAAGAACAAAGGAGAGAAGCCCGGCCAAUCCCAGUUCCCGCCGGUCCCGGAGGAGGAGGAGCCAGAGCAGCAGGGAGCCCAGGGGGAGCAGUCUGAAUCCAAGAAGGACAAAUGAGACUGUUGCUUUUGCAAACUCCGCCUCCUGUCAGCUGUGGACCAACUGAGGAUUGAUCAAACAGAAAGGGGAGGGGCAUGCGAGGCCCCACCCCCCUGAUGGUGAUGCAUCCCAUAAUAUGAGGACAGACCCCCCCCCCCAGCUGCUUUAGUUCAUGUUUGGGUUAAAACGUCCGUUCUGAACAUUUCCAUGACAGGUUUCCUGCAGGUGAAGGCGGAGCUAAUGUUUGCACGCAGUCGGGUCAUGACCCCCCCCCUUAUUUUUUAGAGUUUAAUCUUUUCUUACGUUUGUUUUUAACAUUCCUGUAGUAAAUUAUUAAAACACUGGAUUUCUAAAGUUCAUUCCGAGAUUCUAAUGUUCUGAUCUUUGUUUUUUCAUGCAAUAAAACAAAAGUGACAUGAAA